AGUAUCUACUUAGUAAUCUGUGAGUAUGUCAAAGGACUGAGUAAUUGAUCGCUGGUGUUGUUCUUUGUAUUUUUGAUAUUUUUUUACAUUCCUAGCUGGUUGUUUCCUUCUACUGUUCGAAUUAUCGUUGAUUUUUGUUGGGAUUGUAUAAAAUACUAACGUACUGCUGCUGUGAAACUAUGACUUCCACCGGGAUAUGGCACACCUUAAAAUGUGGGGGUUCCUGCUUGAAGCUGAUAUAUGCAAUAACAUUCGAAAAAGAUAAUGAACAAAUCUCUAAGGAACAUUUGAUUGAUAAUAUGGUCAAGAUACGCUUUAAAAGGGUUGCAAAAAUAAUAGAGGAUACAGAUGCUGGAGAAAUAAGUUUUCUAUUUUCAAUAUCAAAACAUGAACUGGCUCAUGAUCUUAACAUCAAAGUAAAUAUAGACUGUGAAUGUUUAGCCUAUUCAAAGUUUGACAUUGACACUCCCAAAGAAUGGUCGGAGUGGGAACUCAUGGGUUCUAAGAAAACAUUUGUUCAAUCAAAGGGCUCUCAGUCUCGGAUUUGUUAUACUACAAUACAAUUCUUUAUUUCUGCAUAUGAGCGAAACAUUAACACAAUGUCUUUAGAAUUAUACACUGACACAGAAUUUACUGAUUUCUAUCUGUCUACUGGUGAAGAUAAAGUGGCAGUUCACAAAGCAUUUUUAAUUGCUCACAGUGAUGUGUUUAAAGCAAUGCUGCGAGGAAAGUGGAAAGAGACAGAUCAUGAUGAAAUAAAGAUACAGGGGGCCACUGUUGAAACACUUCAACAGCUAAAAGACUACAUGUACAUGGGCACUGUGCCUGAAGUUGGUCUCCGUCCUCUCUUGCUGGUUGCCAGGACUUACAUGAUGGAAGAUCUUGAAAAACACUGCAUUAGAAAACUGGCUGAGAAAGCUACUUCAAAAGAUUUAUUUUCGCUCAUCGAAUUUGCUUGCGAUAACCAGAUCCCCGAGCUACCUUUUGCUCUCCUGCAGUUAACUCCAGACACUGUUGUCAGUGAAGCGACUAAAUUAAAAAAGGCAGUUUUGAAAAAAGAAGUUGAAAAUACUGUUGAUAAUCAAGAAUAAUGUGAUAAGUGUUUAUAUUAAACCUGAAUGUGAAUCUGAUUUUCAACAUUAAAAUUUAUUAUCUAUUAGAAUUAGAAUAAUAAGUACCUAAAAAUUUAAUGUUUAUUUCUAAAGCUAUGUAUCUGCAUAUUUUCUAAUUAAAACUACCUUCUAUGAGGUCACCUGUUUGCUGUGUCUGCAAAUUACAGAUUACAUAUAGACAGGAUUAAUCGAAUUUAAGCAAACAAAAGUAUUUUUUUAUAAGGGUAUUUUGUAAGACAAUUUUUUAACAAUUAAACAUCUCGAGAAAG